GGUGCGUUUCCAGGCUGACGCUGUUGCCUAGAGCAGAGCGAGCUGGACGCGCCACCCGCGGGGCUGGCAGCUGCUUUCAUUUACUAGGAGACACUGUUUCCCCGCGGGAGAGUCCGGGAGCGCGCAGACACACACACGCUCACUGCCACACACGCUCGCACACACGUUCACGGACACACACAUACACACGCGCACACACGCGCUAGCGCGCUCGUUCUUCACAGCUGCAUCCCCAAACCGGCAGAACGAAGCUACUGCGGUUUCUCUUAACCUCGGCAUCGUCGGGCGAAGCAGGGCCAUUGUGCAUCAGGGAAAGCCCGGUGCCUGCGCUGCCGCCUCGGGUACGUAACCCCGGAGACCGCUCACCCCCUCGGCUGGAAUGCUUGCCGACUCCUUUGCAAACUUCUGAGGCUGAGACCCUGAGGAACCCAGCUGGAGAAUGCCGUCUGAACGCUUCCUCAGUAUUCAAGAAAUGCUGACAGGCCAGAGGCUCUGCCACUCAGAAUCUCACACUGAUAGCGUCCUGGCGGCACUGAAUCAGCAGAGGAGUGACGGCAUCCUCUGCGACGUCACCCUGAUUGCUGAGGAACAGAAAUUCCACGCUCACAAGGCAGUCCUAGCAGCCUGCAGCGACUAUUUCCGGGCCAUGUUCAGUCUUUGUAUGGUGGAAAGUGGUGCUGACGAGGUGAAUUUACAUGGUGUGACCAGCCUCGGCUUAAAGCAAGCUCUGGAAUUUGCAUACACAGGACAGAUUUUGUUGGAGCCAGGCGUGAUCCAGGAUGUGUUAGCAGCUGGCAGUCACCUACAGCUGUUGGAGCUUCUCAAUUUAUGUUCCCACUAUCUCAUCCAGGAAUUAAAUAGCUUUAAUUACUUGGAUCUGUACAGACUUGCUGACCUCUUUAACCUCACUUUGUUGGAGAAGGCAGUGAUCGAUUUCUUAGUGAAACAUCUCUCUGAGCUCCUGAAGAGUCGCCCAGAAGACAUUCUAACGCUCCCUUAUUGUCUGCUUCAGGAGGUCCUGAAGAGCGACCGCCUGACCUCCUUGAGUGAAGAGCAGAUCUGGCAGCUAGCUGUGAGGUGGUUGGAACACAGCUGCCAUUACCAGUACAUGGAUGAGCUCCUGCAGUACAUCCGCUUUGGCCUGAUGGAUGUGGACACUCUCCAUACAGUUGCCCUGUCCCACCCCCUCGUCCAGGCAAGUGAAACCGCAACAGCACUUGUCAACGAGGCCCUGGAGUACCACCAGAGCAUCUACGCACAGCCCGUGUGGCAGACUCGCAGGACCAAACCGCGCUUCCAGUCAGAUACUCUGUACAUCAUUGGUGGGAAGAAGCGUGAGGUCUGUAAAGUCAAGGAACUUCGGUACUUCAAUCCUGUGGAUCAGGAGAAUGCCCUCAUAGCUGCCAUUGCCAACUGGAGUGAGCUGGCUCCCAUGCCCGUGGGAAGGAGCCACCAUUGUGUGGCAGUCAUGGGGGACUUCCUGUUUGUAGCAGGAGGGGAAGUCGAGCAUGCCAGCGGCCGGACGUGUGCCGUGAGGACUGCCUGUCGCUAUGACCCCCGCAGUAAUUCCUGGGCAGAGAUCGCACCCAUGAAAAACUGCCGGGAGCAUUUCGUUCUGGGAGCCAUGGAUGAGUACCUCUAUGCGGCUGGGGGCAGAAAUGAACUGCGCCAGGUUCUGCCGACCGUUGAGCGAUAUUGCCCCAAGAAGAACAAGUGGACUUUCGUCCAGUCCUUUGACCGGUCCCUCUCCUGUCACGCUGGCUAUGUGGCUGAUGGUCUUCUUUGGAUAUCAGGUGGAGUAACUAACACGGCACAAUAUCAGAACAGACUAAUGGUAUAUGAACCUAACCAGAAUAAGUGGAUAAGCCGCAGCCCCAUGCUGCAGAGGCGGGUCUACCAUUCCAUGGCUGCUGUUCAAAGGAAGCUUUAUGUUCUUGGAGGCAAUGACCUGGACUACAAUAACGACCGGGUCCUUGUGCGGCAUAUAGAUGCCUACAACAUGGACGCUGACCAGUGGACGCGCUGUAAUUUUAACCUGUUGACUGGCCAAAAUGAAUCCGGAGUUGCCGUCCACAAUGAGAGAAUAUAUUUAGUGGGUGGAUAUUCGAUUUGGACGAACGAGCCUCUGGCUUGCAUCCAGGUAUUGGAUGUGAGUAGAGAAGGCAAAGAAGAAGUAUUCUACGGGCCUACACUUCCUUUUGCUUCCAAUGGAAUAGCAGCAUGCUUCCUCCCAGCUCCGUAUUUCACAUGCCCUAACCUUCAAACUCUUCAAGUGCCUCAUCACAGGAUUGGCACCAUCUGAAAAGCCAGUGCUCUCUUAACAACCAUCAUGAACACGAGGAAGAAAAAGGCCUGACUUUUGGAUACUGGGCAUGAAAAUACUCAGUGCUCAGUGCUUCCUUGUUUUGUUUUCUAGAUCUUCUAUUCAGAUAAACAUUAGCAAAAAAUGAACAGUUUUCUAAAAUACACAUUAUUGAAAACGCUUGUCACGCUUCUCAGUGUGUGUCAAUAUACAGUACAAUAUGUGUGACUUUUAUGGUGGUGUAGCUUAGUGCUAACUUAAUGGUCCAUGGAUGUUUUAAGCAUCCUUUGUACACUUUGUCUAAUCAGUGCUGUCCAGGACAUUACCCUCUUAGUAAGGCAGUUUAUUUCACAAGUACUGCCAUCAAUGAUCUUAAAAAAAAAUUGUCAGUACUUAAUCUCUUUACUACUUAAGCCUGGGAUUGUAAUUUUUCUUUUAAAAAUUUA